CGGCCUGUCUCAGUGAGUGAGUUUUCGUCCUGUUCGUUGGUUCGAUCUGCGCUAUCGCUGCGUUGGAGGAUUUGUCUUCUGGCUGCUUAAAAUUUUCAGCCGUUCCAGUGUGUGUGUGUGUGUGUUUAUUAUCCAGCAGAAUAAAUUAUUGGUGAACAGAAAAAAAGGUGAAAAACAGUGUUGCGAAGCGCUUGAACAGUGAACUUUGACUUUCCAGAAAGUCCGAAACUCCUUAUCGGUGGCAUCUUUGAGCCGAAGCAGCAAGAAGCAACCCAACAGCGAACCUCAUCGUGCGAAGAUGAACAUUCUGGUAAUAUCGUUUCUGGCGGUGGUGUCGCUGACAACCUUCCCGGCCGCCACGUACGGUACGCCGGCCGCUAGCAGUGGCGCGCACGAUCCGAAGAAAUCGGUCGCCGCCGCCGAAGCCGCCCUGCCGGUCAACGACAACGGACUGAAGGAGAUCUGGCAGGAGGACGACCGGGAGGUGCUGAUCCGCAACGAGCGCGGCACCAAGAACGGGGGCAGCGCGGCCGCCGGUAAGAAGAACCACAAGAAAGAGAAACUUUCCCCUUACAGCUCACACCAGCAGCACCAGGAGCAGCAGCACCACCAGCAGCAGCAGCAGCAGCCUGCAACCGGAGCUUCUGGCCGCAAGGGACAGAAAAAGGUGAAACCGACUGACGUGACCAGAUCGGAGCCGGCAGCGAACUCCCAGUGCCGCUACACCAAGGGACCGUGGACCGAGUGUGACGCCAAGUCCAACACACGUUCGCGAACCCUUUCGCUGAAAAAGGGCGAAUCGUCUUGCGUCCAGACCCGUACCAUCCAGAAGAAAUGCAAAAAAGCCUGCCGUUACGACAAGGGUGCCUGGUCCGACUGCGACAACAACGGACAGAUGUCCCGCACGGACAGCCUGAAGCAGACCAGCGAUGCCACCUGCCAGACGACGAGAGUGGUCAACAAAAACUGCAACCAGGGCAAGUCCAAAGACAAACAGAACAAACCACCGAAGGCCGAGAAGAAGGAGAAAGGUGUCCGCAAAAACCGCCAGUAAAUGCAUCACGAGCACGUGUGCCAAACAACACACUCAUCCCCUACGUUCUACAAUGUCUCAGUUUCUGAUCGGUGCUGCCGGUGCAGAUCCCGAUCCUUUCAUCCCCCGGCGCAAAGCAAACAACAGCAGCACAACAUCAUCGCCCAAUGUGGUUACAAUAAGCUACAAUCGUCUUCUUUAAAAUAAAUACAAAACGGAAAGGAGAGCGAGGGAAAGGAAUAGAUGGGGUUAAGAAAAGAAGAAGAAAAAAAAGCUGCCCAUCAAUCCCAAGGAAGGGGGAUCAAUCUGUCUCCAGACGCCCUCCUGCAGCAUCUCCGUUUUUUCACUUACUUAGUUGCGAUGGAAUAUAGCAGGAGGAAGCGAGUGUGCGUGUGUGUGUGUUUGAAUAAUUAGACUUACGGCGUAUGUGCGUGCGUAUGGUUCUUUUUUUGCCACGCCACCGUACCUCAGUUCCAUUUCCCUUUCAUCUUCUCUUCUUUCUGCGUGGGCGGUGCUGAGAUCGGUAGCGUUAUUUAUUAAGCAGAUUAGCAGAGAGACAGAGAAGCAUUAUAUCAUUCAUACGAACAGACACACACACACACACACACACACACACACUCACAACACAGAGCAUAGGAGCAACAUCAACAAGAAGCAUAACAGAUGUAAGCAUACAACAUAAACUAGGCAUUAGUGGCAAAUGGUUUACACCCGUAACAGGUUAGUUCGACGAUGUGCAGAUUAUUAAAUACUUGCAGUACAUUUAUCGGUACGAUUAUAAAGUGCCAACACACACACACAACACACAUUUCUCCAAAACUACUUACUGCUGCAACAGAGCCGUGGGCAGGGGUCGUCGGUUAUGGGAUAUUUCGAUAAUUUCUAGCAAAUAAUAAUAAACUGAACGUUUAAACACCGACACUUUCUUGAAUGUCGUGAAGCGCUGCGAUGUAAUAUCAUACCGGCAAGUGGCAUUUUUAAGAACUUUUGUCAACAAAAAAGCAGAAAUCAUAAUAAACGUAAUAAAACAACUGAAAUGAAUAAGUAAAACAAAACCACCUUGGGGUUCCUUGGGGGCACUUCCAGCUAUCCUGCAGGGUCUGUAUGUGGUCUGAUAACAGAGUGGCCUGUCUUUUUAAAUAAAGAAACUUUGAACACAAGAACCUCUGGCCCUGGCCGCCCUGUUCCGCAGAUUGCAGCCUAAAGCGGGACAUCUAAUGGAUCGUCCCGCAGUUUUGCGCUUUUAACGAUUCAAACAAGUCUGUCUGCCCAAAUGUACAACGGAAAAAGAAGGGUUUAUGUGUUGUAUGUGUCAGUGUAAACGUAAAGUAAUGUAUUUCUCAGAGAAAAACACCCAUAAAGUUGUUCCCAAAACGCGGCUUUAUGCGCGGUAAGCAGGAAGAAGAUAAUGCAACAAUGCAAACGCACAACGCAUAACACAUUUCAUAAAUGGAAUCAAAUAAAUAAACGUUUUAUCCUUCGAAAGAAAAUGCAUUGAAGGAACGCAAAAAAACACACAAACCGAAAUUAAACCGAGACAAAUUCAGACAAGAUUCUAAAACAAUAGCUCACAUAAAAAACGGGAGAAAAGUUAUUAAUCACAAUAUCUCAUCUCUCUGGAGAAGUAAAUAUAUUGACAGAACUGUCGCCUCAUUUUCCCAACCUCCCGCGGUGUUGCUUCGUUCCAAAAGGCGACGAACUAUUAAGUGUUUUAACGACCGCCACGAAUUACAGCAGCAAGAUCAGCUUCUUUCAAUAAACCGAGAAUCCCUAACCCGAAAACUCUCCGCGUUGCGACCGUUGUUGGGAUCGUUGACGAAACGAGAACCGAAACAUAGCAUAAUCGCAGCACUCCUAUAUUUACUCCUAGAUAACAGAAAAAGCAAGCUAAUCGACAUGAAUUCCAUUUUCAGUAGGCAACUUUAAAAACCGCCAGCCAGGCCGGUAUCAGUUUCUCUUCCGUUUGCAACAUCGACGAAUGUGGUGCCGUUUCUUCAUCGGUUCAGGCAGGCGGUUUGCUGUUCGUUGAAUGUUUUGCGAUAGAUUUAAAAAUCACCCCCCUCACACACACACAACACACAUACACUCAGAUCCAUACACACAAACACAUAUUUCGAAAGGAAAGGGUAGCGAAAGGGUGUGCGAAACCACUUUUAACACUCCGAUUUUACGAAGCAGCAGCAAACGAAUGAAGAAUGAAAGCGAGAAAAGGAAAAGUGGUAUGACGAAUGCAAUGGAACUGGCUGCGUACUUUCCGUCACUAAUUGCCGUAAGCAACUGUGGUCGUCUCUCUUGUAUGUUUGAUGUUCUCAUCUCGAAAGUAAACCGAUUAUUGAUAGCACGUUAAGAAAUACUGAGUAGUAGAGUAUGCGAUGGCCGGCCCUGGAACAAACAUAGAAAAUCCGUUCGAUCCACGUUUGUAUGUGUGUUGUGUGUGUAUGAAGCGAGCUGUUUCGACAGAAAAGCAACACGAUGCACAUGCAAACACAUAAGCGUUUUCACUGUGAACUUCUGAAAAGGUUCAAUAAGUUACGGAAUAAAAGCGAAACAAAACAAAACAUGGUCGAACAUUCAAACAGUUGAAAUGCAACACUAGCCACCAGGUGUGUUAACCGUGUAGAGAAAAAGCCUCCUCCGAUUAUUGGACGUAAUGGAUUACCGGCAAAAGCACGGAAAGUGGAGCAUGAAAAUGUUACAAACGACAUACUACAAACACAAACACCGGUGGAUGUAAAUCUGGAAAUCUAGAAGCCAAGAACUGCAACAAAAAAAAACACAAAAGCAACACAGAAUGUAAAGGCCAAUAUAAAUUAGAUAAAUAUAUAUAUUAUAUACAAACAUACACAAAUUCACACAAGAACGACACGUUAAGUAACAUGAAGGAUUAGGGAGAAAAAGAUGAUGGAAAGUAGUUACUUAAAAAAUGAAACCAAGUCGUACACUCGAACUCGAACGAGAAGGAGGGACAGGCGAGAAGAUACUUAUACAGAUAUUCUUAGUAUUUAACAAUUAAACAAGCAAAACACAGUAACAAAAAACAGUUCAAAAUACGGACAGCGAUGCAUUUUCCAAUGCGACGUGUGUGUUGUCUUUUCAGUGUUUGACUUUGUUUUACACUGCUCUUUUUUGCAAUGCGUUUUUGCUUUGGUAUCUGAUAUUUGAGUUUGAUUACAAUAUACCAGGUGUUUGGAAUUGGAAAAUAACCACAAAGCUGGUGUAACGAUGUGGUAAAACAAUAUUUUUAAAUUACUUUUUUAGACCUCCUCUUUCACACCCACAGUCAACGCGUAAUUGCAUUACACCAUUUUAACGAUGAUCAGGCCCCUUUGGUUGCGUCUACUCGAUUACUCUCCAUUAGAUUGGGCCACAAUGGGAAUAAAUUAUAUAGAAGAAAAAGAAAAGAAAUACAAUAACUGUAGCAUAAACAAUAGAUCCAUAAUACACUCACACACACUACCAGAGAGAUAGAGCGAAAGACCGUCGAGCGUCAGCAGCCACAGCAACAGCAGCAGAAACAUGAAAAUUUCAAAUAUCAAAUUUCUUAAUAAAACAUAUUCUUUUGUGAUAUGUUGUACA